AGAAUAACAGACUCGUUGGUAACGUCAGAACGUUAGAGACACGCAGACGCGAGAACGUCGGUAGUGUUCCUUAUUGAGGAGGUGUGCAGGACCGCUUCAUCAUGUCGUUAGACGUCAAGUCUAGGGCUAAGCGGUAUGAAAAGUUGGAUUUUCUGGGAGAAGGUCAGUUUGCCACUGUUUACAAAGCAAGAGACAAGACUACAAACAGAAUUGUCGCUAUAAAAAAGAUUAAACUUGGGCAUAGGUCAGAAGCUAAGGAUGGUGUGAACAGAACAGCACUCAGAGAAAUUAAGCUACUACAGGAAUUAAGUCAUCCAAAUAUUAUUGGGCUCCUUGACGUGUUUGGGCACAAAUCAAACAUCAGCCUUGUAUUUGAUUUCAUGGAAACAGACCUAGAGGUAAUAAUUAAAGAUACAAGUCUUGUGUUGACACCAGCUCAUAUUAAAGCAUACACACUGAUGACGCUUCAGGGCUUAGAAUAUUUGCAUCAUCACUGGAUUCUGCAUAGGGAUAUGAAACCCAAUAAUUUGCUGAUUGAUGAAGGUGGGGUCCUAAAGCUGGCAGAUUUUGGACUGGCCAAGUCAUUUGGAAGCCCAAACAGAGUCUACACACACCAAGUGGUAACACGGUGGUACCGUGCUCCAGAACUACUGUUCGGUGCAAGAAUGUAUAGUGUGGGUGUGGAUAUGUGGGCAGUCGGCUGCAUCUUAGCCGAGUUACUUCUUCGGAGUCCAUUUUUACCUGGAGAUUCUGAUCUUGACCAACUAACAAAAAUAUUUGAAGCUCUGGGCACAGCAACAGAAGAACAGUGGCCAGGUAUGACCAGUCUUCCAGACUAUGUGUCGUUUAAAAGCUUCCCUGGAACUCCACUUCAUCACAUUUUCAGUGCAGCAGGAGAUGACUUAAUAGAACUUUUACAAGGUUUAUUUAUAUUCAACCCCAGUACACGUCUGACAGCAACACAGGCAUUAAAAAUGCAAUACUUUAGCAACAGACCAGGACCAACUCCUGGGGCACAAUUACCGAGGCCUAGCUGUUCUCUGGAAGCUUUAAAAGAACAGCAAAAUAUAAUGCUAGGUACAAAAAGAAAAAGAACAGAUGGCACAGAACAAGGAGGUCUAGCAAAAAAAUUGAUUUUUUAGUUACGACCUGUAAUGAGACAUUCUGCUGAUGAAUACUUGACCCAAGAAUCGAGUGAAACUGGAAAAUUGAUAUUUGAGUUGCACAUUGUAACAGGAAGUGGAAGUGCUUUGUAUAAACAAAGCUGAACUGUAACACAUUCCAUGUUCUCACAUGAAAAUAUAUUGGACUUGUUAAGUACAGAUUGACUGUAACUAGAUUCUGUUCUAAUUUACAUUAUUUGUUUCAUUAAAAUUAUUUGUAAAUGUA